AUGAAGGCGGUGGAGAACGGUGGUACCAGUAUCGGGAUCAAGUGCUCGGAUGGUGUUGUUCUUGCCGUCGAGAAGAUCAUCAAUUCCAAGCUUUUAGUUCCUGGAAGAAACAAAAGAAUUCAGACGAUUGACCGUCAUAUUGGUGUCGUUUACUCGGGGCUUUUGCCGGAUGGUCGCCACUUCGUCAAUCGCGGGAGAGACGAAGCCCAAUCCUUCAAGCAAAUCUAUAAGGUUCCCGUGCUGGUUCCUCACCUCAUGGAUCGUGUAGGAAUCUACGUUCAGAAUUACACGUGCUACAACUCGGUGCGUCCAUUUGGUGUGGUGCUGAUUGUCGGUGGUGUUGAUGACAAUGGUCCUCACCUUUACAUGAUCGAGCCAUCGGGAACAUUUUGGGGUUACCUGGGAGUUGGUACUGGCAAAGGAAGACAAACAGCGAAGUCUGAACUCGAAAAGUUAGAUUAUGAAACGAUUACCGUUGAGGAAGCGAUUAAAGCUGCUGCUAAGAUUAUCAGUCAAGCUCAUGAGGACAACAAGGACAAAGAUUAUGAAUUAGAGAUUUCAUUCAUUGAUUCGAAGACGAAAAGACACCAAUUCGUUCCUGCUGAAAAGUUAGCCGAGGUGCGGAAACUCGCUGAAGAAGACGACGAUGACGAAGAAAUGGAAGAUUAA